GACGUGGACGUGGACGUGGACGUGGAUGUAGGAGCGCGCGAUUAAGUCUGAAGUGGAAAGAGUCUGAGUCGUGAGCCUUUUGCGCAGAAGGGAACGACCUUUGGAACUCGACAACCUGGGCCCGCCUCGGCUGCAGGAAGGAGGGCAAGGAGGAAGAGGAAGAAGCAGCAGCAGCAGCAGCAACACUUGCACCCCCCCUCAUGAGCUUGAUACGUCAUGUCCGCUACAGCUUCAGCUUCAGAUUCCAAGCUGAGUUGCUUGGAGUGGAACAAUACGCUAUCCAACAAGAUGUUGCGUGCACCCUGGUACGCUCUGCGCGGCCAGCCCUUCAUCUGCAAAUUCUUUUCAGACACGCCUUCUCGGACAUUUUGUCUGCUUUUGCAACCCAUGACACCAAGCAGCGCCCAUUUCGAAGGUCUAUCGAGCCGCUCAUCUGCUCGUCGCACAAAGGCUAGCGGUGAAGCGGCACAGUCGCAGGCACACACCCGCCCAGCAGCAGCAGCAGCAGCAGCAGCCUCGCAGUCGCACUCGGAGCAGCAGCAGCAGGAAGAGAGAGACUGGAAUUGGAGAGUCGACUUGCUGCAGAAGCUUUUGAGCGGUCAGAUCGAGACAGCAAGCGUCGAGUGCGAUUACGGAAAGACGGAGUCGCAAAUCACGAUCAGGCACGUUGCGCCCACUCUGAAUUUCUCCUUUGUAUUUGAGCUGAGCGCCUUGAGCAGCUCCGAAGCUGCUCAGGUGUAUCAGCAGCAUCUGCUGCUACCCCUCCUACGCGCUGCUGGUGCCCUCGAGAGCACGGGCGCAGAGGAGGAAGGCGAUGCGACGAAUCUUGCAAACGCGCUGGCGCUCGUCUCGUUGGGAUCCACUCGGCGGAAUGCCAGCAGACAUGCUCAUCCCGGUGAGGAGGAGGAGGAUGGGAAAGGUGUCGCAACUGCCACCUCACCCAACAUCGCUUCUUCGCUUGGCAAAGACUCGUCGCUGCAGCAGUCGAGCCAUCAAGCCGAAGAUUUGUCCGUCACUCUAGAUGAGGCAGAUGCGGAUUCUGACGGAUUCGAGGUGGAGAGUGCAAAAGUCCCCUCGCGAGCCAGGCCUACCAAAGUGAAGAAGGAAGAGCUUAGCACAUCUCCUUUCAGCACAAGAUACGGCGCAAUGGCAAGGCAAGAAGCGGAUCCGGACCCGAGUGCCGGACCUUCCAUCAAGCGAUCAUCAGAGAGUCCACUUGCUGCUCGACCAAGCAGGACGACGGUGAUGCGGGAAGAAAAAAUACCUCUUCGAUCAUCGCGUGGCAAAAAGAUCGACUCGGACGGGUUCGAAGAGGAAGAAGACGAAGCUUCUACUUUGCCGCAUAUCAAGAGUCCCGAGCCGCCAGAUACGCCUGCUGUGGCUAUCAAGCGCAAUGCAAAGCUACCAAAGCUCAAAGGCGGCGGCGGCGGCGGCGGCGGCGGCAGCAGAAGCAGCGCGACGGAGAGCGAAGAGGAUGGGAAUGCGGAUCUCGCCUCUUCUUUUAAAGGAGUCGAAUCUCCCACGAUGCGCAAAGCUGUGCAUGCGCGCAGUCCCACAGAUUCUUUCUCUUUCGAAGCUCCUUCGCGCUCGCCUGAAGAUGCCAUGAUGCCUCGACCUCGGCAGAAGCAAGCAGCAGCAGCAGGGGUAAAGUCACCGAGCAAACGCGCGAGGGUGAGAGGGGAUGAUGAUGAUGAUGAUGAUGCGGCCGGAGCGUCGCAGGAUGGCUCGUCCAUGCAAGACGCCCUCCUCACUCCUUCGCCGCCCAUCCUACCACGCCGCGCAAAGAUGCCGGACCUCUCCCCCAAAGAGCCCAUCACCGCUGCGCACGCACACGUCUCUGAGCUCGAGCAAGGGCAAAAGGAGGACAAGAAAGCGGACAACGACAAGGCUCAUGGAACGGCUGCUACGCGCGGAGGAAGAGGUACGGGUUACAGGAAAGCGCAAGGUGGCCGCAAAAAGGGGUUUUGAUAUGCGCGGGGGGAGGGGCGGGCUUGCGCGCGCGUGAUCCUUCCUUCUUGCAAAAAAACUUGCCGAUUCGUUUCGCCUAUGCAUGCACGGCCCUUGAGAAGUUUUCUUUCUGCACAGAUCCGAUUGCGUGUGCGGCGCCCUGCUCCCCCGCUCCCCGCUCCCCGCUCCCCGCUUCCUCCACUCGACUUGCUGCUGAUGGUGAUGA